UUUUCUUAGCAGCAGAGCCUCAGCCAAACGGCAAACUCCAUCAACCUUCAUUGGUCCCCUACAAAUUUGAAAUAUUUUCACCUUCCCUCCUCUUGGUUUGAAAGCCCACAUAUCUGCAGACAGCAGUCAAGCAACUCUAAACCCCACAAUAUGCCCUCAAAACCAAAAUCAUCGCCGCCAAUUUCUCUCUCUCUUUCAAUCUCGCAGCAUGACGACGAUGAUGAUUUCCAAAUCCCUCUCUCACAAUCGCAACAACCCUUUACUGUCACUUCAACUUCCAGAAAACCACUUAGACCCUCCAAUAAUCGCCACCGGCAGCCCAAAAAGCCCAAGAUAUCCAUCAAUUCCGGCAAGGAGAACGUCGCUCCAACCUACUCCGCACCGAAUCAGAAAAUGCCACCUGAUACGGACGAGGAGUUCAAUUUCCAUGACAAUUGUAGCUUGGAUUUGAUAGAAUCGAGCAUCGAUUGCAGUAACAAGAACAUUAAUGAAGAUGCGAAUUUUCAAGAGAAGAGUUUUGAAACUGGAAGUAAUAAGAGGAAAGAGGGACUGGAAAUGAAUACUGGGUAUUUGUGCAAUUCGAUAGAAGCUAGGCUAAUGAGGUCGGUAAGUGAUACUGGACUCAAUCCUGUAGGUCAUUCUGGGUUAAAUGAAGCUGAUGGAUUGGAGGAUCUUGAUGAAGAUGGCCAGUUGGAUUUGUUAAUUAAGUUAUGCACUGAUGAUGCCAAUGAGGGAAAUAAGGUUGCUAAUGGUGUGGAUGAGGGAGGUUGUUUGGCUCAGUGUCCACUUUGCGGGAUCGAUAUUUCGGAUCUGAGCGAGGAAUCUAGAUUGGUUCAUACUAACGAUUGUCUUGACAAAGAGGAGAAAAAUGUUGAAGAAAUUGUUCCUGCUAGGAAUAACAGGGAAACUCAUUUUGUGCCACAAGCUGUUGAUGAUCUUAUUCAUUCUCCACGCCAAGUUGUUGAUGUUUCCCCUGUACUUAAAUGGCUGCAAAAUUUAGGUCUAGAAAGAUAUGAGGAAGCUUUUAUUCAGGAAGAAAUUGAUUGGGAUUCUUUAAAAUGGCUAACAGAAGAGGAUCUUGUUAGCAUAGGUGUUACAGCACUAGGCCCCAGGAAGAAGAUUGUGCAUGCUCUUGGUGAACUUAGAAGAGGGUGUAAUCUGAUGACUGAGACAUACAGGGAAACACGUGCCUCUACUGAAGUUGGAUCAUGGAGUAUCCGUGAAGGAGAGAUGCAGGUGGAAGCUUCCAAAGUUGUUGAAGAGGACACUAGUAAAUCGACUACAAACAAAUUGAUUACUGAUUAUUUUCGUGGCUCUGUCACUGCUAGGAAGAAAAUUUGCACCAUCUCUGCAGAAAAGCGUAACCCAGGAUCUGUUCGUAAACACAAGGCUAAAAAUUGCUCUGUGCGUAACAGAAAACUCAAAGAUAUUCCCCUGUGGUGCACCAUACCAGGGACAUCAUUUCGAGUGGAUGCUUUCAAGUAUCUUAGAGGAGAUUGUUCCCAUUGGUUUCUUACGCACUUCCAUAUGGAUCAUUAUCAAGGGCUAACAAGGUCCUUCUGUCAUGGGAAGAUCUAUUGUUCCUUGAUCACGGCAAGACUUGUAAAUAUGAAGCUUGGGAUCCCUUGGGACAAAUUACAAGUUUUACCUCUCAACCAAAGGAUCAGUAUCGCUGGUGUUGAUGUGACAUGCUUGGAUGCAAACCACUGCCCAGGUUCCAUCAUAAUACUCUUUGAACCUCCAAAUGGUAAGGCCGUUUUACACACAGGUGAUUUCCGCUUUUGUGAGAACAUGGCUAGCGUGACUGCCUUACAAAUUUGUCGCAUCCAUACUCUAAUCCUUGAUACUACAUAUUGCAAUCCCCAGUAUGAUUUUCCAAAGCAGGAGGCUGUAAUACAGUUUGUCAUCGAGGCCAUUCAAGCUGAAUCUUUCAACCCCAGAACUCUUUUUCUAAUUGGAAGCUACACAAUUGGAAAGGAAAGGCUGUUCUUGGAGGUUGCUCGUCUACUUCAUAGAAAAGUUUAUGUUACUGCAGCAAAGUUCCGUCUUUUGGAAUGCUUAGGUUACUCCAAGGAAGACAUGCAGUGGUUCACAUUAAAUGAACAAGAAAGCCAAAUACAUGUGGUCCCUAUGUGGACGCUUGCAAGCUUCAAAAGACUGAAACACAUAUCCAAUCAAUACGUGGAUCGAUUCAGUCUUAUAGUUGCUUUCUCUCCGACUGGUUGGACAUUUGGUAAAGGGAAAAAGAAGUCACCUGGGAGAAGAUGGCAACAAGGAACCAUUAUAAGGUAUGAAGUUCCAUAUAGUGAGCAUUGCAGUUUCAGCGAACUUAGAGAAUUUGUGAAGUUUGUAUCUCCUGAAAAGAUAAUACCAAGUGUAAAUAACGAUGGACCUGAGUCUGCUGAUACAAUGGUUUCCCUCCUAUUGUCUUGAUUGGUUGACGCAAACUUAGAGAAGGCAUUGCCUUUGAUUCAAAUGAAAUAUAUGCACUUAAAACAGGAAGGACAGCUGAGCUCCACAACGGUCGCAUCAAAUAGCGAUCACAGGUUGAUCAUUGUUGAUGCUGUGAAAAUACAGUCAUAUCAAAUUCAAUAGAAGAAUAGCAAGAAUCUGAGAAGCUCAAUGUUUUUAAGAGUGGACAUGGUCCUAUCCUCAUUAUGUUAUUGUAGCAGAAAUAGAUAAGAUGCGAGGCUAGGAUUUGCAUAUUCUGUUGUCAUAAUUUGUAUAGUAUAUUUGUCCGUAAAACAUAAAAACUAUAUAUAUAUUGUUGUACUUUUUCUUUA